AUGGCGGCGCCCGUCCUGCCUCUGCAGCAGGUCAAGCUCGCCUCGUUGCCCUCAACCCGCCUGACGCCAGAGCAGCAAUACUGGCGCACCUUCAAGAACCCCCUCCUGAUCCCUUCGCCGGCCAAUGGACCUGUCAAUCUUAUCACUCAGCCCUCCGUCCCGUCCUCCGCUGCAGCCUUUCCAUCCCUCACUCAACCCCCGGAUGUCUUCACAGUGACAACUGGUGCCCGGGUCCAGAUCUACUCGAUUCGCACGCGCAAGCUGCUGAGGACAAUUACUCGUUUCGAUGAUACAGUUCGGGCUACGGAUGUCCGGCCGGACGGCCGCGUGCUGGUGACGGGUGACGAUACUGGUACCGUGCAGGUUUUCGACGUUGGUUCGCGCGCAAUCUUGAAGACAUGGAAGGAGCACAAGCAGCCGGUGUGGGUGACCAAAUUCUCGCCUAGCGACCCGACUUCCGUUUUCUCGGCCAGUGACGACCGGACCGUCCGAUUAUGGGAUCUGCCUACGGAAUCAAGUGCGCGUACAUUCGUCGGCCAUACCGACUACGUGCGCAGCGGUGCGUUCAUGCCCGGUUCAAUGGCUUCAUCUGGGCUUUUGGUGUCCGGUUCAUACGAUCGUACUGUACGGAUUUGGGAUCCGCGUGUGGAGAGCCGCGCGGCUAUGACUUUCAAGAUGGCUGCGCCCAUCGAGAGCGUCCUGCCUAUGCCGGCGGGCACAACAGUUCUGGCCGCCGCCGACAACAAGAUCGCAGUACUCGAUGUCGUGGCUGGUAAGCCCCUACACAUGAUCCAAAAUCACCAGAAGACAGUCACUUCACUUGCACUGGCAUCCAACGGCGAGCGCUUGCUCAGUGGUGCGCUCGACGGACACAUGAAGGUCUUUGAGACUACGGGAUGGAAUGCAGUUUCUGGAUCCAAGUACCCUUCGCCCAUUCUGUCGCUCCGCGUCAUCACAUCCGGUAUGGCACACGAGGACAAGCACAUUGCUGUAGGUAUGCAGUCGGGUCUACUCUCUGUUAAGACCCGCCUGUCAGGCCAACAAAAAAUCAAGGAGCGCGAGCGGCGGAAAGAGAUGGCGGCGCUCUUGGAAGGAAAGCUGGAGGAGCACGACCGACAAGUUGCAAAGAAGCAAAAGCAGCGCGGCUCUGGAUGGGACAAGCGGCUGCGUGGCCGCGAUUUCAUCGGAGAGGGAGUGGAUAUUGUGAUUGAGGGGCAGGACAGCAAGCGACGAAAGAAGGAGCAGCCAUGGGAGAAUGACCUUCGCAAGGGACGGUACUCAGUCGCCCUGGAUCAGGUUCUGACAUCGACCGACAAGAAUGCCCAACUCACGCUCCUCACGGCCCUGCGGCACCGCUCGGCCUUGCGGACCUCGCUCAAGGGCCGCGACGAAGUUACUCUUCAGCCCGUGCUGCAAUGGAUUUACAAGCACAUUCGUGAACCCCGCCUGGUCGAUCUCAGUGUGGAGGUCGCCAUGAAUCUGCUCGAUAUCUACUCGGGCAACCUUGGCCAGUCGGCACAGAUCGAUAAGCAGGUUGAGCGGUUGCACCGCCGGGUGCGCGACGAAGUGGAGAUGGCCCAGCACGCCUGCCAGACAAAAGGAAUGCUGGAUAUGUUGAAGGCGAUCUAA